GAGGAGGUCAGGCCCCACGACUGGGGAAGGAAACUCCCUCCGCUCCCUGCCUGGCCCUUGCAAGCCGCCCAGCUCCAGAGAGCGUGGCCUUCUCAAGUGCAGCUCCGCGCCGUCUCUUAGAUGCGGCUGGAGAUGCUGCGCUGGGCUCGCUCCUGCUGCUGGCUGGGGGUUUGCCUCUCGCUGCUGGCGGGAGCGGGAGGAGGCAGCGGCGCUGGAGGCUGCCGGGGCGCCCUGUGCGGCGAUAGAGAUCCGCCCCGACAGCAGUGCCUGGGGCCCCGCUGCUCGGGCAGAGCCAGCCGCCCGUCCCGCUCCUUCCCCCACACCGUCCGCGGCAAGCAGGCGCCGAGCGCCCAGCACGCUGCCCCUCUCCCCGCCGUCCCCGCCAGGAGCGCGGCCGAGCUCAGCCCGGAGCUCCCUGCCCCGGCCGCUAGGGGCGCUGGGGAGAGCUGCCCGGGAGGGGACUGCGCCGCCCGGACCCCCAACGGCACCAGCCGGGACUGCAAGGGCGUUGAAUGCAAACUGCCCCUGCGGCUCCGCCACAAGUCGCGGCCGGGCAGCAGGGCUCAGUGCGCCCAGCAGGGAGAGGCCUGCCCGGAGCCCGCCCGGCUGCUCCGAGAGGCGGAGCGAGCCGCCCAGUUCCUCGCGGAAGACUUCGCCUACCCGGCCUCGGAGCUGGGCGUGCAGCUCACCUGCGACCUCAAACCAGGAGAAAAUGAAGUUCCAUCUGAAGAUGCACUAAUAUUACAACUGCAGCUUGCAAAAGGCCAAGAGAAAUUUGUUGAAAUGUUAAAAAGCCAACAGAAGAUAAUUGUGGAUUUGCAACAAAAACUUGCUGAACAACAGAGCACAUUAAUUAGCCAGCAACGAGAAAUUCUUGAACAACAAAGAAAAAUGUAUGAGCAAAUGGAUCUGAUAAAAGUCCAGUAUGGCAUGCUUUUUGACACAGUGAAACAAAUGUCAUUCCAGAGUUUGCAUGAGGAUAUUCAACAUUAUUUUGAAGCUCAGCUUCAAGGACUUCAGAACCAGGUCCGAAAUCAUCUCCAAAAGUCAUACUCUGUACAUAAAGUAGAAGUUGAUGCAAAAGUGAUUAAUGUUGGGGAGACUUUGCUGGACUGUGACCUUUGUGAAAGUGAUGAGUUUUGCAAUUUCCAAAAGACACCAUCACGGUGUGAAAAAUGCACCUUGUGUCCUGCUGGCUUUUUCCAAAUGUCUGAAUGUUCUGCAAACGCCGAUCGGAUUUGCCAGGACAGAGAUGAAUGCUUUGAAUCUCCCAACAUUUGUGGUGAGAGAAUAAAAUGCCUGAAUACUCCAGGUGGCUUCCGAUGCCUUGGAAUUGCUGAAAAAGAUGCAGCCUUGGGACUGUGUGGAGAGGAAUAUUUCUUUAAUAAAGAAAUGCAGGAAUGCCAGGCUUGUUUAGAGUGUGAAGACGGAAUAGUAGCUUUCCCUUGCUCCCCAGUCACUGACACUGUUUGUUCAGCAGACAGUGAGAACAAGCUUUCUGAAUCAUGGGCUGCAAACAUUGUUUUACCCUCAGCAAAGUCUGGCACAGCUCAGGUCUACCCUGGUUUAAACUUGAAGAUAAAGGGAAAGCUUCACUGUGAAGUCGUAUCUGUUGAAGAUAACAGCCUGGUAUUCAGGCAACAUGGUUUGAUGUGGACUGACCUCAAUUUUGCUGUAAAGCACAACUGCAGAAACUUUCUCCAGCUGUCCUUGAAAUUAAAUGACACUGAGGAAGGCUGCGAACUGAGUGGUGUUCGUAUUGAACAACCAGAAGGAAAAUAUUUUCAGAGCACCAGUUUAAGCAGCGCGGCGGAGGUGGAACCAAGCCAAAGUCUCUCUCUGUUUCUGAAGAGUCCAAAUCAAUUCUGCAACCAAAGUAAAGACUUAAAUAUUUAUGACCUUAAUGCUCCACUCAGUUUGUUUUGGUUGUCCCAUGAUACAGGUGCGGUGGCUAUGAGUGCACAGAUGUCAACUGCAAUGCACUACCAAACUAACUAUCGACCUACUUUUAAAGUUAUUUCUGUUUCUGACCCUUACAUGUUAAGUUUAUCUCACGAUGGCAGAGCUAUAAAGUUCACUGAAAUGGGUGUCAUAAAAUUUGUUUUUCACCAAGCACUCUAUUCCAUGGGCCAUACAUGUGUUCGUGAAGGCUUUUCCUUGGUCUCUUAUAUCAAUAGGAAUGGUACUAACCGAGAAUUAAUGAACAUGUAUAAAUCUGGUGUAAAUUACAGAGACACAUCAAUAUCUGCUUCUGGGGCCACAAAAGUCAACAGUGGGGAUCUUCUUAGCUUUGAGAUCCUUUCUCCAGCUCAAUGUAAUGUUCGAUAUUUUGGAGACAGCUCUGGAAUUAGUAUGCUUAGCCUCAUCUGGAUCCCAUCUGCAGUUUCCACUGCCAUCUCAGCCACAGUCUCUGUUACACGACUGCCUACAGGAGCUGUCAGAAACAAAUUACUGGAUUUCGCCCAGGUCUCAACCAGUGAGAAACAGAUACAGCUUGUUUCUUCUGGGGAACUUGCUCAGAAGUACUUCAGAUUUGCUGAAAGGGGAGUUGCCAGCAUUGCUUUUAAUUUAAAGCUGAUCCACUCAUGUAAUGUACUCAAAGUGACUCUAAAUCAUCUGAUCAGUGAUCAGAUGCAACCCACAGCAGUUGGCCAGCAAAUUGGAGGUCAGAUGCCUGAGGGAAGUAUGUGGACUAGUGUGUCCCUCCGCUCUUCUUUCGAGGUGCAUAAUGGCACAUUGAUAUCCAUUUCUCUUGACUGUGUGCGUGGAAGAAUCAAUCAGAUUGCUCAUGAACAUAGCACCAGCAUAUCUAUUUUAUGGAUUUCAUCUUAAUUACUUUGGAUUGAAGUAAGCCUGAAUGGACAGUUGCAAUGGGUUUUGAAUUUUGUCAUACUACAUAUGUUCAGUACCCUAGAUUAUGUGUACAGAACAUCACAUUAAAAUAUUCUUACCACGAGGAAUAUUUUAAAAAUAAUCUUUGGUUGGAUUAUCAUCUAAAGAAAAGUAAUGUUUCUGAUUUUCCAAAGGGAUUGCUUUGUUAACAUCUCAGAUCAUAGAGUUGGGAGUCCAGCUCAGGCUCUACUUCUUACAUUCUCUUGAACUCAGAUUUUGCAGGACCUACAAUAAUAUGAGGGGAAGGUAAACAGAAUAAAUGCUAUUUUUAAAAAAAGUAUUGAAAUUGGCAACAGCAAAGACACCCAAACAAUGUAGGCCUGCUUUCAAAUGCCAUUAUCCCUUACUACAUAUACUGGGUAAUGCCAGGACUACAUGCGCUUGCCUUAGGUAAGACAAACUCAUCUUGUCAGGCUCUGACAUAGCGGUGCUCCCUGUAUAUAGGCAAGGAGAAAGUGUGCUUCAGAGUAAAGACAAAAGGGUAACAGCUCAGCAUUCAUGCUUAGAAUGUAAGAAAGAGGGUUGUUCAACAAAUAUAAUGUAAUUGUCACCCUGCUCCCCAAUCCACCCCCCAAAAAGAAUUGUAAGGUAAACGACAAUUUUAGUGUUAUUUAUAAUGGGGGAAAUUAUGGUUUUAAGUGGUUUUUUUGGGGGGGAAGGGGUGUUUCCUUCCACUUUCUUUCUCUUUUUUUUUUUUUUUUAAAAAAAGCUUUUUUUCACCAAAAAAAGGUGUGUGGAGGGAACAAAAAAGUGAGAGGAAGCAGGGGAAACACCUCCCGCAAAAAAACUUCUUAAAACCCCCAGAUCAACAACAACAAAAAUCUCAGAAGAAACAAAAUGAAACUUUCUGAAAUGUUUGUACCACAAUGAUUUGUUGAGAGAAUGAUUAAAAAAAAAAAUUGGCUAAAAAAACCCAUUUUAAUCAAAAAUGUAUCUUUUUGGUGAAAAUGUUCAGUCAGCUCUAAUAAGAAAAUGUAAUUAAUAUCAUUGACUUUUGUUUGCUCUUUUUCUAGGCCUUCCAUCAAACUUUUUUCCUUCUGGUCUUCUUUCCUACUAUAUCAACACUCUCUCAUUUUCUCCACUCUUCUUUCGCUCCUUCUUGCCUCUUUCUCAUUUCCUUUAUUAGGACCAAAUUCUGGCUCAUGUGGGAAAAGUGGCAUAGAUAAUCCACAUGGGAUGAUGGGAAAAUUGGCAUUAAUAAUGCACCUGGAGGCUACCUCAGUCUAGUCUAAUAUGCAGGUACCUGGGGCAUUCUUCCCCUGUUCAGACCGCUAACUGUGUGUGUGUGAUGCUAUGCUAUGCAUGAGAUAAACACUUAUGCACACACCUGAGCUAAGCUUAUAUAUGUAGACCCACGUUCUUCCUUAUGGCUUCACUAUGUCUGGGAUAUCAGUAGGGCCCUACCAAAUUCAUUGGCCAGGAAAAAAGGAUCACGGACUGUGAAAUCUGGUCUUGUGUGUGCAUUUUACCCUAUACUAUACAAAUGCUGGGGGAGACCAGCAUUUCUCAAAUUGGGGGUCCUGACCAAUUAGCAGUGCAAACCACAUUGGGUAAAAUUCCGACUCCAUUGUUUACAUGUUACCAAAAAGCACACUAGAGGGGUGUGAUGUGUAGAGCACUCUAAGGCUUUGUCUAACUGGCAAGUGAAAGACACAACUUUUGUCGUUCAGAGGUAUUAAAAAAACACCCCCUGGAAGAUAAACGUUUUGUCAACAACAAGCGCCGAUGUGAACAGUGCUUUGUCAGCAGGAGUGCUGUCCUGCCGAUAGUAACGCUGCUCUUUGGGGGUGGAAGUUUUUUGUCGGCAGGAGAGCUCUCUCCUACUGACAAACAGCAGCUACACUGCUCACCUUUUAGCAGCAUGGAUAUAGCGGCACAGCUGUGUCGCUAAAAGCUGCAUAGUGUAGACAUAGUCGAACAUGUUGCAUUCUUACUGCACUGUGUAGACCCUGCCAGUGCACUCUAAAAGGUUACUACUUUGGAUUAACAUUGUUUUGUUUCAGACUAUGUUAAUGUGAACUAGAUACCUUGUAGUGCACGCUAACAGGGUCUACAUGGGGCGGUUAGAAUAUGCCAUGUUUGAGCUCUCUACAGGUCACAUCCCUCUAAUGUGCUUUGCUGCACCAUGUAGACAAACCCAAAGGCAAAACUCUCACUGAUUUUCAGUGAGGCCAGUAUUUCACCAACUCUGACUAGAAGUUUAGUAGGGAUUAAUAAACUCCAGUACUGCAGAAGUAAAACUUUAUCCCAGACUGAGAGUUCUCAACACUUGGAAAAUAUUUUUGUGGCUGUAGAGAACAUUUAGUAUGAAAAAACAAGAACUCUUGGAAUUAGAGCAUUUGUCUUGAACGGAUUUAUACAGAGGAGCCCUUUCACUUGAGAGCAGUAGCAUUUCUAGUAGCCUAGUUAGACUGGGCAAACGAACAAGUCAGUAAGCUUAAUUCCUAAGAGACUACCCAGUAAAGCAAACUAUUCAAAUAAUUUUUAACUGGUUUAAUGUGUUUAAAGUAAAGCAGAUUGCAAAAAGCUGGCAGUUUUUGCCUAAAAUACUCCACCCUGUUAGCAGGUGUUGAUUUUUAGUGGAAAAAAGGUGGAAUGGGUUCUACUGCCUCACAGAGGGAGGCUUGUUACUUCACAAGGAUAUAUGGGAGGUACAAGUGGAUCUUUAGAGAGCCACUGUGGGCUGAGCAGCCCUGAGGUAGGACCUCUAGGAGCAGGCAAAUUUGGAGAGAAGGCUUGUGCUGAGCUUUGUCUUAUUGCUAGGGCUCUACCAAAUUCAUGGUCCAUUUUGGUCAAUUUCACGGUCCUAGGAUUUUAAAAAUCACGCAUUUCAUUAUUUCAGCUAUUUAAAUCUGAAAUUUCAUGGUGUUGUAAUUGUAGGGAUCCUGAUUCAAAAAGAAGUUCUGGGGGGAGGUCACAAGGUUAUUGACGGGGAGGGGGGGGAGUUGCAGUACAGCGACCCUUAUUUCUGUGCUGCUGCUGGAGCAG